AUGAUUAAAAGAUCUCAAUUAAGAAAAUCAGCACUAUCAUACUUUAACAAUAUAGGUCAUUAUAUAUCACCAACAUUAGUAACAGUUUUGUCUAGAGAUAGUUAUAUCUACUUCAAUAACCCACAGUCAAUAUUAACUUUUCUUAAACACUACUGUAAGUCAUUUGAAGAUGAGUAUUUAGGUGAUAUACUCAUUCUAACAACUAAUAACAACUAUAAAUAUAAUUUGACUGAGUUUAAUAAUUAUGUUAAGAUACACAGUUCACUAAAGGAAAUAACAAGUUUAAACAUAAGUACAGUUAUAAUAGAUACUAACACAAUUAACAUAACUUCAAUUAAUGAUUGUUAUAAUAAUUUAACAAACAAUCAUAAUAACAUACCAAUUAAGAUACUACUAACUAUUAAUCCAAUUGAGUUUUAUAAUUAUCACUUAAACAACCAAGAAGAACCAAUAAUUCACUAUUUUACUAAUAAAGUAAAAACUGAUUUUAUUUCCAAUUAUAGAUUAAUUAAAGAAUUAUCUGAAUUUCAUUUUUAUGAAUUAGAAGAUGUUUGUAAAUACGAUCUCAACACCGACUUAAUUGAUAUUUAUAACAAGGGGUUGUAUGAUUAUCAUUAUGUUAAUACUUUAAUCAAAUUACCAAUAUCACAUAUUUCUAACAAGUUGAAAGUACUUUAUAAUUAUUUAGAAGUAAAUUCAGAUAAGAAAAUGUUAAUUUGUAUUGAUAAAGAUUCUGAGUUGUUUAUUAAAAUAAUACUAAAUAGAUUUAUAGGUGAGAGUAACAUAAUUAAUAACGAUGAUAAUAUAAUUAAUAUUGAUGGAAAAUUUAAAGGAUUAAAAAACACUUUUCAAGUCAACCUGUCAUUAACUCAAUUUUAUCCAAAUAAUAAUAAAAUUAUAAUAAAUGAUCAGAUAAUACAAUUUGAGUUUACAGCUGUCUGUGAUGUGAAUAAAUACCAAAUUAUAGUACCUGUUGAUGAUAGAGAGUUAAUAGAAGAUAUAGUAGAGAAAGACGAUUUAAUAGAGAAAGAAGUUAAACCUUGUAUUAAUAAGAGAAGUAACAUGAUUUAUAAAUUUAAAGUGAACAUUAAUAACAUGAAUGAGUUUAACAAGAAAGCAAUAAAAAUUUUUAUAGAUGAAAAUAAACAGUUAAUAAGUAAAACAGAGUAUAAAAUUGAUUGUGUGGUAAUUAAUGCGGAGUGUCCUAGUAGUGUUUGUAAUAUGGCAUCAUUGAUAAGUGAAACAAUUAAUUUACCCGUUUGUAUACCUUAUAUGAUUAGUUACUCAAUAAGUAGUUAUAAAAGUACCAAUAUAGAAAUAGGUGAUUUAGUUAGCUUUAAUUCAUUUUCUCAUUUUAAAGAAAGUAAAUCAGAUAAUGAUUUAAUAGAUAAGAGAAGAAAGAUUGAUAAUGAAAAUUUAAUAACAUUUCAUUUAAAAAGUAUAAUUUAUUAUUAUGAAAAGUAUAAAAUAAUAAUUAACAGUGAAGAUAUAGAAUUAAUAUUGAUUAAUAUUAUAAGUGAUUCAUUGAAAAUAUACUUUGGAUUAAGAUAUAAGCCUAAAGUAUUCCAGACUGAUUCUAUCUUAUACUUUGAAGAAAAUUAUUUAAAUAGAAUUAUUUGGACUAGAUGUUCUAAUAAUGAGUAUAAAGAGUUUAAUGAUAAUAAUGAUAUUUGUAUUACUAUACCCUUGUUACUAAAUGGUAAUAGUGUUAUUCAUUAUAACCAGGGAUAUUUAAUUAAUAUUAUUAGUAUACUGUAUAGAUUUAAUAUUAACAUUUAUUAUAAUACUGUGAAUAAUAUUGAUAGUUUUUGUAGUAGAGAAUUAGAUGAUUUUUUAACUUUUAUUGAGAAAAAUUAUACUUUUGAUGAAUAUUAUAAUAUGAAGUGUUUAAUUAGUAGGAAGAGAAGGUAUAUGCAUGGAUUAUUUGAUAAGAAUGUAUUUGAGUUUAUAAAGGAGGAGAGAAAAGGUAAUCCGGAUUUUAUUAAAAACCUCUGUAAAAUAUUAGAUUCUAAUUUAAAGAAACGUUUUGAAUCAGCUAAUGUUUAUAAUUUAAUAAAAAGUGUAACAUACAAUAAGAAAAAGUUCCACAAUCUAAGUAGGAGUAUGAGUAUAUCACCAUUAAAUAUAGUUUAUAAUUAUGAACAAUCAAUAGAAACUAAUAGAAUAUUAAGAUAUUUCGACAAUGAUAAGUUCAUAAGAGUUUCGUUUAGAGAUGAUAAUUUAACUUCCAAAUAUAAAAAUGAUGAUACUAUUAAUAAUGAUUGUGUAUAUGAUUAUUUUAGAUCAAUAAUGUUAAAUGGUAUCUUUAUUGGUAAUAGAAAAUAUUUCUUUUUAAUAAUGACUAACUCACAGAUGCACGAACAUACAGCUUGGUUUGUAAGCACAUAUUAUGAUUAUAAACUAGAUAGAUUGGUAGGAGCUGACUAUAUUAAGGACUGGUUAGGAGAAUUUAAAAACAUAAAAGUGAUAGGUAAAUAUGCAGUAAGAAUAGCUCAAUCUUUUUCAAGUACAACACCAACAAUAGAUGUAGAAAAAUACAUAACAAUUCCUGAUAUUGAAAAGAAUGGUUAUUGUUAUACAGAUGGAAUUGGGUUAUGUAAUGGUAAAAUAAUGUAUGAAGUAAAAAAUAAGCUUAAAUUGAAUUAUUUACCAAGUGCCUUACAAAUUAGAUUUGCAGGCUGUAAAGGUGUAAUUGUAUAUCAUCCUUUCUUAGAUGAUAUUAAUGAAAAUAAUAAAGAAUUAAAAGAUUGGUUAAUAAGAAAUGAUUUGAAAUUUAAUAACUUAAUUUUUAAUAGUAAAUUAAAUCCAAAUGAAUUAGUUAGUGAUAAACUUAUAAAUGAUGAGAGUAAAAAUUUUAUUGAUUUAAUAGUUAGAUCAAGUAUGAAUAAGUUUAAUUCAAGUCAUAGAAAUUUGGAGGUUUGUAGACCAGCUAAAUCUAAUGAGUUUUUCCUAAAUAGACAAAUAAUUAUGAUACUUGAGGGAUUAGGAAUACCUAAAGAAGUAUUUAUAAAAUUACAAGAUAUUUACAUUUUAGAUGUUAUUAAGGAAGUUACUGAAGAUCCUAAUUCAUUUAUUGCUAAACACUCGCCUUAUUUUAAGAAAAAUUCUAUUUCUUUAGAAUUUUCCUUUUUUAGAAAGUUAUUAGUGCCAAUUAUAAAUAAUAUAUUUGAUGAUCUAAAUAAGAAAAGCAGGAUCAAAGUAAGUGAAGGUAGAUCAGCUAUUGGAGUAACUGAUGAAUUAGCUAUUUUAGAAGAAGAUGAGAUGUUUUUAAUGUAUAAGGAUGAUUUUAAGUAUGUAGUUGCAGAGGGUAUUGCUAUAUUAGCUAAAAAUCCAUGUGUUCAUCCGGGUGAUAUAAGAGUAGUUAAAUGUGUUGAUAGAAAGGAAUUAUAUUAUCUAAAAGAGGUUGUUGUGUUUUCACAGAAGGGGGACAGACCUUUAUUUAAUCAGGCUUCAGGAUCAGAUUUGGAUGGUGAUAUUUAUUCUGUUUCUUGGAAUAAGGAUUUAAUACCAAAUCAUAUUUUUAAGCCUUAUGAUUAUUCAUCAAAAGCUGCUGUAUUAACAAAAGAAACUGUUUUGUUUUCUGAUAUAGUUAAUUUCUUUAUUAGGUAUAUGAGAUAUUAUCAAUUGGGAUCAAUAGCUAACAGUCAUUUGAGCAUGGCUGAUCAAACUUCUAUAUUUUCAGAAGAUACACUUAAAUUAGCAGAACUAUUUAAUAAGUCAAUAGAUUUUAUUAAGACAGGUUCAUCAGCUACUGUACCAGAGGAUCUUUUACCAAAAGAAUAUCCUGAUUUUAUGGAAAAACCACCACAAUAUUUAUCUGAUAAGGCAAUUGGAUAUCUUUAUAGAAGAAGUAGAUUUUACAUCAAAUCUAACUCUUUUUGUGAGUGUAUUAAUUGUUUUAAUUAUAUUUUGAAAGAUUUAGAUAUUUAUAAGAAAAUUUUACUUAAAGGUGCUAAUAUUGUAAUAAAAACUAUAAGACCACUAAAGAAAAGAAGUGAAGAAAUAGAAUUUAUUAAGAGUAGUUAUAAACAUGAUAUUAAGUCUUUAAUGAGUAGGAACAAUCUAUGGAGUGAAGAAGAUUUAUUUGUAAAUAACGAAGAGGGGGUGGGUAAAGAAUUAAGAAAUAUUUUGUUUAAAUAUAGAAAGUUAUUAAAAAACGUAAAUGGGAGUGAUUUAUUGAAUAAUUCAUGUAAAGACAGAAUUGAAUCAAUGCCAUUUAUUUUCGAUUGUCAAAAUGAUUUAUUUAACUGUUUUGAACAAAAACUAUUAAAUAAUAGCAAUUUUCAGUUAAUAGAUAAUAAUAGUGAAUUAGAUCAAAUAAUGAACACGGAAGAUAAUAAUAAUUCUUUAAUACUUAAUAACACUAUUAACACAUGCCCAUUUAAUAACAACUUGUAUAUUGAAAAUUUAGUAGAUGAUUCAGAUGUUGAUUUAUCUUCAAUGGUUAAAAUAGUAAAUAAUAAUCAGAUAGUGAUAAAAGCUAAUUAUUCUAAGAUAAUUAAUUUAUUAGACAGAUUGGAUGGGAAUAGAUUUAGUGUGUUUAAAGAAUUGUUUAAUUUGUUAUUACUUUCUGAUGUUUAUAGGGUUAGUGAGAUUGAUAGAAUAAUUAACUUAUUGGAGUAUAUCAAUAAUAACAUCAUAGAUCAUUCUAAUUUGUAUGUAGAAGUAGCUAAAAUAUGUUUUGGUUUAGGAGAUGAUAGAUUGUUUAAAAUUGGAUUUGUGUUAAGCUUAGAUUAUUCUCUUUUCAGAAAGUUAAACUUUUUAUAUAACAAGGAAUCAUUAGAUGUUUCUAAAUAUGGAAAAUCUAAAAGAUUUUAUAGAAAUGAUAUUAUGGUUGUUAAUGGUAUGUUAGAUGAGAAUGAUGAUAUAAAAUUUAUUAAGUUGGAUGAUAAUGCAUAUCAUAUCCAACUAAAUAAUAAAGGAUAUUGUGAAAAGUCUUAUUAUAAGGAUGAUGUUAGAAAUGCUUUAAUUAACAUACUUUAUUCACUGGAAGAUAAUAGUAGAACUUUAAUUGAAUUAUAUUUAAAAGGAGGGGUGUUUAAAGUUAAACAUAUUGAUACUAAACUUGAAAAUAGUAAAGUUACUAUAAGAUACUUAUUAAAUAAUUACUUAACGGUUGAUGAAAAAUAUUAUGAAUUUGUUAAUAUAAAAACCAACAAAAUCUUAAACUUUUAUGAAGAAAAAAUUGUUCAUAUUAGUUUCUUCUUUGAAGGUAGUAAUUAUUUAUUAGAAUAUUCAUUUGAGGAUGGUAAAAUAGUUUUAGAGUAUCUUUAUAAGAAUGUUAAGAGAAUUGGUAAAGUUUGUAUUGUUAAUAACAAUAAUGGAUUUGAUAGAGAUUAUCUAAUUGAGAUGUAUAGUAAAGUGUUGUUAUGUAACGGGGAUAGUAAUUGGUGUACUAAGGAUGAGUUGUUUAUAAUUAAGAGUGGGUUUUUUGAUUAUGAGAAUAUGAAAGUUAACACUGAUAAAUACUUACUUAAUUUGGAAAUUAAAGAAAAAAUUAUUAAAAGGAGUAAUGAUGAUUACUAUGAGUCAAAUGGAAAUUAUUAUGGAAUGAGAAAUUGGAUGGGGUUAAAGCAUUCAUUAUUUGAUGAAAAUUUUAAUAUAUUAUGGACAAAAUAUGAGAAUAAUGAAAUAUAA